AUGAUGUCUCAUCUAUUCAAUGUUCAACAUCCACAUAUAAUAAACAAAUCUUCUUCAUCUUCAUCUUCGAAUUCUAAUACUCCGAUGUCGGAACAUGUAAAACGACCAAUGAAUGCAUUUAUGGUAUGGUCUCGUGGACAACGUCGAAAAAUGGCUCAAGAAAAUCCUAAAAUGCAUAAUAGUGAAAUAAGUCGUCGUUUAGGUAUUGACUGGAAAUUAUUAAAUGAUGAACAAAAACGACCAUUUAUUGAUGAAGCUAAACGUUUACGCGCUCUACAUAUGAAAGAACAUCCAGAUUAUAAAUAUCGUCCUCGUCGUAAACCGAAAUCUUUAAUAAAAAAAGAUCGUUUUCCAUUUCCAUUUCCGACAUUUCCUCCUCCUCAUCAUCAACAUCACUUUCAACAUCAUCAUAAUAUGUCACAUAAAGAUUCAAUCGAUUUAUCAACACAUUCAGCAACUGAUACAAUGUCCGUACAACAACAACAAUUUAAUGAUUCAUUGGCAAUGAAUCUUGAAAAAUGUCGUUCAUUAUUACCACCACCACCACCUCCAACAUCUCUCUAUCCAUAUUCAACAGGAAAAUUAGGUGAUUUCUCAACAGCCGCACUUGCUUAUAAUCCACUUGCAUAUGCAGCAGCUUUUUCACAACAUUACCCAUAUAGUAGUAUGUUAUCAGCUAGUUUAGCUGCAGCUGCUGUUGCAACAUCAUCUUCAUCACCACCGAGUGUUUCAUCUCCUUCGUCUUCAUCAGCUUCAUCCAAUAAUUCUGCAAAUCAUUAUCAUUUUGGUAUGCAAACAGAAAAAAUUCAUCGACCACAAGCACUUUUGCAUGGUAAAAUACAAUAA